GCGCGCGGCGGCGGCACCGAACGGAGCGCACCGGGCCGGGAUUCGGCGCCGCGACGCAGGCAGCGCACCGGGCAGCCCCGCCCCGCCGCGGGGGUCCUCGCGCUGGGCCCGGCUCGGAGGCGCCGAGGGCCAUUGGCGCGCCGAGGGGCGUGGCCCACAGGGAGGGGGCGUGGCCGACAGCCGUGUUUACAGCGAGCCAUUGGCUGAGCUGGCGGAGGGGGCGGGGCCGCGCGGGAGAGGGGCGGGGCCGACGGAUGGGGCAGCGCGCGGGAUUCCGCCGCGGGCGCCGGCGCUGAACGCGCCGUCCCCGUCCGCCCCUGUGGCGGUUCCCAGGAACCGCCCGGCUCAGCAGCGAGAAAACAACGAAACCCUAAAAACCCCCCCGCCAAAAAUAAUACCCACAGUAACAGAAUCACCACAGCAACCCCAAACAGCGCUAUUUUUAGGCGUGCUUACAUGACACAGCGGUGAGUAACGCGGUGACGCAGCGCUGCCGCCCGCUGUCAUCUCGUCCCGGGCCGCGAUCCUCAGCGCGUGCUGAAGGCGUUACAGUAAUUAAAGAAGCGCUUUAACGAAGGAAGGGGUUCGGGGGGAAAUGCCCGUUUCCUUACCUGGUGCUCGGGACGGAGCUCAGCGCCGCCCGCGUUUUGGUGAGGAAAAACCCAAAGUGACCCCAAAUCAGCGCCUGGACGCCGACCGCCCGCCCUUCUCCCCACGGACCCGCACCCCGAUUCCUCCUCGACGCCAUUUCUCCCCCACACCCCUGCAGUGCCCAUUCUCUCCUUUUGCCCCCUCAGGUAUCCCGCAAAGGAUCGAUCCCACAGAGAUCCCCUCGCAGAACCCCCCCCGCAGAGAAGGAUCGCUCUCAUAGAUCCAACCCCGGAGACCCCCUCAGAAAACCCCCUCCGGGUUCCCUCACAGAAACCCCCUGACGAAAGGACCCCUCCCCAGACCGCCGAUCCCGCCGCACCGCCCCGCCCCGCUCCAAGAUGGCGCCGCCGCCUCACAGCUCUCAGCCCGUUUUUCCCGCCAAAGAGCUCUCCCCCGUCACGUGACGGCGCGGGCGCGAGGCGCUCCGUCCCCACGCGCAUGCGCAGUGCGCUGCCGCGAGGCGCGGCUCUCCUGUGCGCAUGCGCAGCGCGGCGGGCACGCGGCGAGGAGCGGCAGCGCCGCCAUUGCUGUGCUGCUUUUCCCGGCGUGGUUUCUCCCACCCCGCUGCCACCAUGGAGCAGUUUUCUUUUGGUGAUGAGAGUUCCGUCAGCCUGGAGAUUCAACUGCUGGGCUUCACGGAGAGCCCCGGCCCUGAGCUGAGCCUGCAGGGCGCAGCUGCGGCCCCCCCGGAUGGUGCAGCCCCCCCAGAUACGGCCGGCGCUGCCCUGGAGGACGGCCUGAGCGUGCUGUCCCUGUGCCCGGGCAGGGAGUGGGACGGUGAGGUGCAGCAUGGGCUGUGCCUUCCUGGGGUGCCCAACACGGACACUGCAGCCGCACAGAGCCAGCCGUCCCCUCCCAGCUCUCCGCUGCCCUGCGGCUGUUGUGGGACGCUGUUGUGCAGCACCAACCACAGCCCAACUGACAGCCAGCAGCACCAACACCCGAGCAGGACAAGGAAAGGCUCGGUGUGCCCGGAGCGACGCUGUGAGCGCUGUGAGCUGCAGCCCCCGCGGUGCCCGCAGAGCGUGGGCUGUCCGCCCUGCAGCCUCGUGGAGGACAGCAGCGUGCCGGAGGGCUGCCCGCAGAUCCCUGCUGCUGCUGCUGCUGGAGAUGAGCUGAGGGGCAGCGUGGCUCCCAGCCCCGCUCUCCUGGAGCCCCCAGGGAUGGGUGCUGACCCCGGCGCCGCCGUGCCGCGUUUCGCGGUGCUCAGCUCCCACCCGUGGGUCAGCACCGCGCCGCUCUGCGCCCAAAGGAGCAGCUCUUGUUUCACACUCAAACCCAGCCCUGCUGGGAGGGAAGCUCCCCUCUCCUGCUCCUUCCUCCCUGAGUACACGGACGCUUCGCCUUUCCCUCUCAUGAGCUCCGGUGUGGAGGAGGUGGCGUUGGGCCGCCCCGAGGAUGGCGCACAGCCGUGGCAGAGCAUGGCGGAGCAGCAGGCAGUGCUGAGUGGUGGCGGGCAGCUGAGAGCCGCCUGCCCGGAGCCGGGGACGCAGAACCUCCUGCAGGUGUUGGCCGCCUCCCAGCACGCCCUGUCCCACGUGCUGACUCCCAAAGGGCCGAAGGAUUCCUCUCCCUGCGCUCGAGAGCACGAGGGCAGCGCAGCGAUGGACCGGCUGCAAAACAAGGCCGCCUCCAGCAAGGGGGAGAGGAGCAGAGGCUGCGGUGUGGCUGCAGGCAGGUCGUGGCGUGUGCCCGCUGCGCGCAGGGAGAAGCUGUCGGCAGGGCUGGCGGGCACAGCAUCCCCCAGCCAGGUGGCCAUGGCCUCCUUUGCACCACGGCAGCAGAGCGGGCUGACCGUCCUCCAGCGCAUCCAGGGGGGAAACAUCUGCAGCUUCCCAGGCACGGCGCAGGAGGACGGCGCGUCGGCCGCGAGUGCUACGAGCAGCGCUGCUCCCACCAACAGCAGCGACUGCGACGGCGUUUUUCUAUGCAAGAACUGCCACCAGGUGUUCUACACCCAGAAGGGCCUGGGCAGCCACAUGUGCUUCCGUGACGAGCAGUGGCUGCUGCCCCAGAGGAGAGAGGAGCCGCAGGUGAAGGGAAAGCAGAGGGGUCGGGGCGCUCAGAAAGCAAAGGGCUGUGCUGCAGAGGACGGAUCCGCUGCGAGGCCGGAGCUGCAGGAGGAGCCCUGCGAGGCCGGGGCUGCGCUGCUCAUCCCCGUCUCAGUGCCAGUGCUGCCUGGGGGUGAGGUGACCCCCAAGGAGAGCCAGGAUGGGAAGAGCCCUCAGCUCAGCUCGCACCCGAAGAAGAGGAAGCGGCAGAUUCUCCCCAAACCCCUCUUCAUCCCCCCCCCGCCGCCCCCCGAGGCGCAGCCGGGCCCUGGGGGCUGCUACCGCAGCAACCUGCGCUCCCCGGUGCUGCUGAUGGACCGCCUGCUGCGGGACCUGCUGCAGUGCUCGCCCUACACCCCCCCGCCCAUGCUCAGCCCCGUCCGCGAGGGCUCGGGGCUCUACUUCAACGCCGUCUGCUCAUCCACUGCUGCAGAGCCUUGUCGGCUCUUGGGCAGCGUGCUGGACAGAAUGGACCAAGACUUCGGGCUGUGCCUCAUGAAGGACGGCACCAAAAUCAGCAUUGAGCCCCACAUUAACAUUGGGAGCCGCUUUCAGGCUGAGAUCCCGACCCUCCAGGACAGACCAGGCUUAGGAAGCGCAGAGCAGGCGGCCUUAGUGUGGAAGCCAUGGGGAGACAUCGCAACCAACGAGGAGACGCAGGACAGAGGUUGCUUCACCCUUUACCUCCAGGAAUUCGGAGGUCCUCUGGUUAAAAAUGCUUUCGCUGCAGCUUUCUGCACGCCCCGAGGCUCUGCCUUGCUCUUCCGUGCUCUGUUCCAUGGGGCAGAAGUGGGGCUGGGGGCCGGAGCUGUGGGAUGUGAGUGGCUGUGCGCCCCCAGGUGGGCUGCAGGAGGGGGUCAGCUUGGUGGGAGCCCACAGCAGUGCCCCUCACCUCUCUUUUUUGGUACCCCUUGGGUUCUACGGUGGGAGCCGAUGCGCUUUGAUUUCCAUUGCCUUGCAGUGAUGGAGCUGCUGAACAUGGCGUGUUCCAGCGUCAUGCCGGGCGGGGGAACCAACCUGGAGCUGGCGCUGCACUGCCUGCACGAAGCACGGGGCAACGUGGUGGACGCUCUGGAGCUGCUGCUGUUCGGAUGGCCGCACAAAUCCCAGUCCCAUCCUCUCGCUAAUUACCGCUACACAGGCUCGGACGUGUGGACGCCCGUGGAGAGGCAGCUCUUCAGAAACGCCUUUCAUGCCCACAAGAAGGAUUUCUACCUGAUCCAGAAGAAGGUCCAGACGAAGAACGUGUCCCAGUGCGUCGAGUACUACUACAUCUGGAAAAAGAUCAUCAAGUUCGACCACAGCCGAGCUCAGAACGCGGACAAAAAGGCCAAGAGGGACGGCAGUGAGGCAGAGGAGGCCGAGGAAAAGCCCCUUUGCCCCCCGAAGAAGAGGCACUGCCUUCUGCCCAAGGAGAGCAGCAAGAAGAGCUGCAGGAAGGCACCCCACGGUGCGGGCAGCCCCUCCUGCAGUGUGGGCCGAGCUCCCGGCGGCGUGGAGCAUCACAACGUGUUCCCCUGCACCGAGUGUGAGAGGGUGUUUGACAAGAUCAAAGGUCGCAACGCUCACAUGAAGCGCCAUCGGCCGCAGCACCGCGCGGUGCCUCUCCUGCAGGCCCAGUGGGCCCUGGGACCCCUCAAAAGAGAGGAGGCCGCAGCGGGGGGGGCCCUGAGCAGCAGCUGGGGGGCAGAGCCCCCCGAGUAACCCCAGGUGGGUCCUCUCCUUCUGGGCACCACAAUCCCCGGGCGCUCUGAGCUCCCGGCACGGAGUCGUGGGGAUGUUUGGCACCCACGGGGAAAGCUUUAAGGGGAAAGCUUUAAGGGGAAAGCUUUAAGGGGAAAGCUUUAAGAAGCGUUGGGAGCGUUUUGGGGCUUCGUUGGCGUUGAUCACCGCCUGUGGGCCGUGAUGGAGCUGGAGGGGGGUGGGGGGGUUGGGUGGGGUUGGGUUGGGGUCUGACUGCAGAGCAUGGCGGGCGGAGGAAGUGCUGCUGCUGUUGGCUCCGUUGCGUUCAGCCCUCUGCUCCAUUCUGCAUGGGAUCGUUGGCUCCCAGCGGCGCCGUUUGGUGGCUGUGGGGCGCAGCGGGCGAUCAGUGGGGCCGUUGUUGUUCACAGCCCGUUCUGCCCCGGAGCGCCGUCCGUGUGCAGUAUUUCACACCAAAAGUGCUCCCUUUCUCCCCCAUUUCCUACCAAACUCAUUGCGUUGGGUUCUGGGCCAGCAGAAGUUGCGGGCUGCUCUGGCUGGUUGUGUAAAAGCAAUUAAAAGCAAUUAAUUAAAGCGACGGUGGCGGCGG